GGGCUGCCGUCUCUGCGCGGCGGAGGGGGAGCACGGGCCACUCACUCAUUCCUCUCUGUCUGCAGUGGCAGCUGCUGCUGCUGUCGGCAAGAAAGGUUCUUGCGCGGUUGUUUCCGGGUGGCCAAUUGGAGGGGAGAUGGUGGGGGUUGGGCUUGGCAUUGACGGCUUCGACUUGGAGAGCCUCAGCACAGCGUCAACGACAGCAACAGCAGCGGAAGCCAAGGUGGUCAGUGCUUCUCCCCGACUUGCUUGACUGAAGACUGGCUGGGAUAUCGUCAGUUCGUCACAAUCAAUUGCGGCUCCUCUUUUCGCGGCGGGAAUUGGACGACAAGCUCCCCGAAUCCACCGUGUACUCCUCUCCGACUCCAUCGAUACGGUCGACGGUAUAACUGAUAAACCCACGAUAUCGAAACCGAACUCAUUCCCACCAUGUCUGCACUACGAAUUACCACCGCCUCGGCAGCGCGCAUGUUGCGCACGAAUGCGAUCCCCAGAGCGUCUGUCAUCGGCCCGGGUGCUCAGUUUCGAGCAGUCAGCAGCGGCACCCCCAACGACUCCGUCCAGUCUGCGGAAUCCGCCCGCGUGCCCGAGAAGCUCGCAAAGGAGGACUCGCCCAUGAACACGCCCAAGCGGAACUCGCCCGAUUACGAUGUUCCCAUUGAUAUAGCCACUUCCACCUGGACCCCAGUCCCCAAGCACAUCCAAAAUGGUUCCGAGGAAGGCAUCCUCCCGGCCGCCGUCGUCUCUGGCGCCCCCAUGGAACUCCAGGCCCGCACCGUCCGCAUCUUCCUCCCCUCCAAACCCGCCACCCAAUCCUCCAACAGCCGCGUCCUCUGGCGCAUGGACUGGGACGUUCUCGAAAAGGGCCACCGCUGGGAGAACCAGCUGAUGGGCUGGCAAUCGUCGGGCGACUAUAUGCAGGGCACGCACCUGACGUUCCGGACCAAGGAGGAAGCCAUUCAUUUCGCGGAGAAGCAAGGGUACGAGUAUUUCGUGCAGGAGCCGAACCAGCGCCACUUUACGCCCAAGGCGUACGCGAACAACUUUUUGUAUAGCCCCGGCAAGUUGAAGAUUGUUAGGACUAAGUAAGGGGUUGGUCUGACGAAAGGGGGAAGGGGGGAGAGAUGGGCAUGGCAUGGCACGGCAUGGCACGGCAUGGCUACAAGGAGCUGGCAGACAGUUUACUUUGGCCCGGUGCUGGUGCUGGUGCUGGUGCUCUGCGGAAGGGGACGAGGGGAUGCGGGAAAAGAGGGAUCACUGGACCUCUGAAGGUGGUGG